CGCUGUCGGAGAGAGAUUCACAUUCACACGGACUGGGAUGUGAGCGAUCCCAACGAGAUGGAGACCUUCAUCCAUCUUUACCUGAAUCUGAUAGAUCUUGGGAGUCAAGCCAAGAUGUGACCGUCACGGCGCGUCAUAGUUUGGAUCUGUCCUGCUUUUUCAACACUUGUUUCUAUAGCAACAGCAAUAUCAGAGUCUCCUAAAAAGUCCCAUUCACACAAUGCAGUCCUCUAGCUGCUCCUCUCAGCCUCCAAAGCCGCGGCGCUUUGACAUCAGCAGGCGGACCAAUACCGUAGCUGGGCCAAAGUCUCAUGGCCCUGGUUUCCAGAGGGAGGAUAAAAACAUGAACACGAUCUCCACGUCCUCCCCACGCAGGGUUACUAAAGGCCCCACUGCACCCACCAGGACCAGGGUGGGUGUACAACCUCGAGCACCAGUAACCCAGUCCAGGUUUGGCUCACAAAAACAAGGUUCCACCAUCUCCAAAUCAGCUAAACCCAAACCCAAGACUCGUGCAUCUGUGGCAGCCAAAAUUGCACCAGCAGCCGCUCCACCUCCACUUCCCUCUGUUCUCCCUCUUGACCCGAACUGCAACGAGCCAAGCCUCCCGUGUCUGUGCUGCGAUGGCCGCUCCCCGCAGGAUAACAACAGUAUGUUCAACCAUAACCACAACAACAACAACACCAUCUCUAUCAGACAGCAACUAAAGCUACCGCCUCCUCCGGCCCCGUUGCUCCAGAGGCAGGAUGGGAAAGGGGCCAAGGAGCAGCCUCAGCCUCCCUCCCAAGCACAGGCCCAGCUGGAGGCCUCCGCCCAUCCUGCUGCCAGUCUGGAAAAUGAAGGCAAGAAUCCAGAUGCAAACGCUGAUUUGGACAACAAAAAAACUAUAAAAGUAGAGGAAGAAGACGACGAGGAAGAGAGCAGUGGGGAUAUUGAUAUCGAUGAUGAUGAAGAGGAGGCUGACAAUGAUGAUGACGACGAUGAUGAUGACACCCUGGUCCCUUCGUGCUGUGACUGUCCCCCCUCUCUCCUGGAGUUAUCGCUCUCCUCUUCUACCUCUUCAUCCUCCACCUCCAUCAGCUCCUGCUCUGAUCUGGAGUCUGACUGUGCAGAUCAAUCUGCCUCCAUCUGCUCUUCCCAUGACGAAGAUAAUCUGUCUGUUUCUCUGUCCCCCAAACACCACCCUCUCCUGCAAGCCUCUGAAUGCAAGCCCCCUGCGCGUUCACCACCAUCCCUUCCUCUUAACCGCAAUCCCUUCAUCUUAACAUCACGUUCACCAAUUCCCCCUUGCUCCCCAGAUGAGGGCUACCCCUCUGCCCUGGACUCCCCUUCUCCUGACUACUUAGGAGACAAAGGUGAUUCUGAGGUCACCAAACUAGGUUUGCUUGAUUUUCUAGAAUCAGUAGGGGAGUUUGGGAAAAUGGAGCGCUUCAGCCAGGUGAUCCAAGUGGCUCGUUGGGAUCUGGAGGCUGAACAACACUGGGAUGUCCUGAGGGAUCGGUUAGAUCACCUGGAUCGCUUGGAGAAAGUGAACAGGGAAGUAAAACUGGCCUACAUUGCUAAACUCCAUGAGAAGGGAUUUGAUCUUGGAGAUCUGGAGGAGCAAGAUCUUUCAGAUGUCAUGGAUGAAAUGGGCAACAUUGACAUUCCCUGGAAGUUGUAUAAAAGUGGCAGAGGAGCGAUGGGAGACUCUCAGGAGUUUUCCGAUGCAGGGGUUGACCUCACUGCUCCAUCAGACUGUGAGGAUCCUCUCGUUUCUGAUUCCCUCAACCCUUCUCCUGUCGAGCCGCCACCUAGACCCCCCAAACCUCCAGCGCGUCAUGCCAGUGUGAGCUCUGACCUCCAUACCUACAUCAAUAUCAGCAGGGAGACCACCUCCAUGGCUGUCUCCACCUCUCCUACAUUGUCUACUUUCUCCCCUAACUCCUCAUCCCCCACUUUCACCACUUUUAGGUGUGAGAAACCUCUACCUCCAUCUCCACCCUCCAUUCCUCCCCUCCCAACUUCUAAACCGCUCCCUUACCUCACCCUGUAUACCACCCCUUCUCCACCUCCAUCACUCCCCACCCCAACUCCUCCCAUCCCUCCCCCUCGGAAGCGUCACCUUGCCAGGAAGGAGGCACAACGGCUUGCUGCUCUUCAAACCCAACAGGAAAGGACCCCUCUUUCCCUUCCUCCUCCUACCACACGUCCCCCACCUCUGCCUCCUCCACCAGUUAUCUCAAUUUCCUCCUCAUCUCCCCCUGCCUUAUCACCUCCACCUCCACCUGCCCUGCCUUCUCCCCCCUCCUUCCAUGCACUUGAUGUAGAGAUUCGGAAGUUACUGAUGCUUGCUGGAUUGACCCAAGCUGAGCUCCUUAAACUCAGCCCAGAGCUUGGUGUCUGUGUUGGAGGACUAGAGGAUGAGGGAGAUGAAGAUCAUGUCAACUCAUCCAUGUCUAGGGAGCCAUAUGAGUUCAGAUUACAAGAGAGGAAGGGGGAGAAAGAAUGUUACAGAGACGGAUGGAGCAGCAGAGGCAAGAUGGAUGGAGAUCGAAGAGCAGAUAUAGCUGAAGAAAGCAAAAGGAAAGAGGAGAGCACACAAAUAACCACCUCGUUCACUGAGAUGGCAAGGAGAAAGAAGAGGAGCACCGGUCUGACCUCCGACCCUUACUACAACAAUGGUUUUAGCAAUACGCAUGAAACACAAGCAAACAAUAUGAGCUUUGAGUCUUUCCGGUAUCCUGCUGAGGUUCCAGAUUCACCUCCCCCUCCUCCUCCUCCUCCUCGUCCCUUACCCCCAAUCCCCUCAUCUGUGCUGUCCCACAAAAUCAGCACUCUUUUGGCUAACUCUGCACAGCCUGAGCGAUUUGAUUGGCUCAUAGCCUUCACACCUGAAGGUGAAGCCCCACCAAGGCUUCCACCGCUAGCAAUGAGAAAAUAUCUUGUGGAAAGUCAAAAGAAGCUCAGUUCGGCAGGGUCAUCUCCAGGGUUAGCUCCAAAGGUCACGACUUUUAAAGAGCUGCGUAACCGCAACAAGAGCAACUUCCUCCAAACAAAGGUGAUCACUGAUCCAGACCCUGACCCAACAGUUAUUACUCCAGAUGCAGAUAUACUGUACAACCUGAGGUGGAGAAGAGAGAUGGCAGGCGGCGACGGCAAUGAAUGGGAGUACACCUCUCAGGCUCAGGCCUUCUUCAUGCAGCCGCCACCAGCCCUCACCUCGAUGGCCGCUCUGAAGGAAAUGCUCCAGAGAGCUGACGAGGAGGGGCGACAACCGGAGCUGUGCCCAUCACAGAAGAUUGGCUGCUCAGUCAGUGACAGCAGCCUGUGGACCAUGGGCAGAGAGUGGAAGGGUGAAGAAGUUAAGAAGGAGGAAAAGGAAGUGAAAGAAGAAGAGGAAGAGGUGGAGAUGGAGGUGAGAGGACGAGCCGAUGGAGGAAGGACUUUGGAAUCAAGAACCACAGCUGUUCGCAGUGUCUCAUUCGCUGGCUCUGUACAGAGGACAGAGACAUCCUGGAUGGGCGAAGAUGUGAAGCAUCCAAUGAAAGGUCUCGGCUUGUCCUCUCUGUGCCUGCAGGAAAAAAAAGCUCUGGUCAGUGCGGUCAGCGUGGCAGUGGAAGCCAUCUUGGCCCAGUUCAGCUCUUCUCGGACUGUAGUUCAGAAGUCUCUCUCAGUUAACAAGGCCUUAUCAGGAGACAGCACUAUAAAUCCAUCUCUGGGCCGUCUGGUGCUGCAGUGUCUCUGCCCUGCCCUGCACAGCUUGCUGACCGAUGGCUUGAAACCUCAUCAGAGCGACCUGAUCGCAGGCAGGAGGCCAAAUUCGGCAUGGGGUCUGGUCCAGGCCUCAACCCGGCAAGGUCCUAAAACCCAAGGGUUGUUCAACCUACAAGUUUGUGUUGGAGAGCUGCCUCAGCUCAGACAGAGCAAACACAGGUUCAACGCAUUCCUCCUUGGCCUACUAAAUACCAAGCUUCUUGAUUUCUGGCUGUCUCACCUUCAGUCUUGCAGUGAUGUGCUGGAGACAUAUUACCACCCCACCUCCAUUAUGCGUCUGUCGCUGACCGCCUGCCAGCCUCUGUUCGAGGAGCUGCUCCUCGUGUUGCAGCCUCUCAGCCUGCUGACCUUUAAUCUCGACCUGCUCUUCCAGCACCAUCAUUUAGAGCCGGACAGUCACAAUCUAGAGAUCCCCAGUCCACCUUGUCAGGAUGCUGCAUCCAGGCUUUCAACACAGGGGUCCCAAUUCAAAAUCACAGGCUGCCGAUAUAUGGAAAGCCUCUCAGAAGUAGACUUUGGAAGCCCAGAACAACGGGCAGCCAAACUAAAAUCGUCACCAUCGAGUAACCCAAAGAAUGGAGGACCAGGGGAAACGACACAUAGCAGCGAUGCACCCGUAAAGGCUCCGAUCACUCUUGGGCAGACAAGUCCUCAGCUGAUGUGGGUGCAGGAGAAGGACAUUGGAGACUUACCUCUUCCUAAUGUUGAGGAGGACAGCCUUGCUCAGCAGGCAGGACAGGUGAUCCAGCAGGGAUGGGGGGCUGUGAUUCGCUGGGGAGGCAGACUCAGCCAUAACCUGUCUGAGAUGAGCCUGAAAAAGGAGGAGAUGAAGAUGGAUCUGCAGGACCUCCAGGCCCAAGUAGGGAGUGACUUCACUCCGGUCAGCAAUGGUGCUCAAGUUCCCUGGACUCUGGGGCGGCUCUUUGGAGCCUCUAAAAGCCUCAACAGCCCACCAGGUCACAUACCACCAACCAGACGUCCCUCUCAGUGGCUGGCUCCUGGUGUCACUGCACUGAGCCGAAUGGUGAGCAGCAACUCCACACCAAUAAUAAGGAGGGCCCCGGAGUCCCAGGGAGAAAGUGAGCCAGAGUCAGAGAAAGCGGUUGACACACUGGAGAUGAAAGACAAACCCAGAUCACUCAGGUCAGUACGAACGCUGUGUGAUCACUCUGGAAAAGGUCCGGAGCUCACCUUCUGCAAAGGGGAGGAACUGGUGGUGUUAGGAGGAGUCGAUCAGGACUGGAUUCGCUGUCGUCAGGGAGACAAAGAGGGCCUGGUACCUAUCGGCUACACCUCCCUCAUCAUGUGACUUCAGCACCAUAACUGCUGCACUCAAUCAAUACAAAAAAAUACAAAAUAAAAAAAUAUAUAUUUUAGGCGAGUGUUGAGAGGUUAUGGUGAGGCUCCACUACUCCAAAAGGGAUAUUUCACGCUUGCUCUGUUUGAGUUUGAGUUGAGUGCAUAACACCAUCUGCUCUGCUUUACGUGCAUCACGAGCAAUCUGCAGCCCUCUCCCUUUAUGAACAUAUGGGAGCUUUUUUUCCCCCCAUCAAAAUCCAUCCAGUUUGGUAGCAUUAAACUAAUGGAUGUUCGCAGCAGGAAUGCAGCAGAUGGUGUGAAAUAAUGACUCAAGUCAAAUUUAGACCAUUUCAUACUGGAAGACCUUUGAUCUUGGAGUGAAGUAUCCCUUUUAAAAUGUCCUUUUCUCAAUGUCUGCCUUUCUUGUCAGCCACUGAUCUGAAAAUGAUCACAGGAGAAAUUCUGUGCCAUCAGACGCUUGCAGAUUCAAGAGCUUUCAGAUCAGCUGCUGCCUGUCGUAGCCACGUUAAUAUCUCUAGCCAUCAGCUGUAGAGAGUCGUGGCUCGCAGGUUGUCAAGUGGAGAAAGCAUGUGAGAGUAUUGGGCCGUAGCUCCUGUGCAUACUGCGUAGUCAUGUAGUGAAUUGUAGCUGUGUAGAUCUGUGUUCUAUUGACCUCUCACCUUUAUCGCCUGGUUCAUGUGUGUUUGACAUGUUUCUGCUACUAUAUUUGACUGUAUAAAUAUACAUAAAAAAUAAAUAUAUAUAGGUAUAUAAAUUGAGAUUGAUAUUACCAAGAUAGAUAGAAAGAAAGAUGAACAAGAGAAAGCAGGUAGUAAAACACAAGCAGCAGCUUAAUACUGUGGCCAUAUGGAGGAAGUAAAUGAUUAAAAAUACUUUAUCUUUACAUCUGCAACUUUACACAUACAUUAAGUGGUUGUCAUACAUGCCAAAAAAAAGGUAUAUGUGUUUGUUUUAAGUAUGAAAUCCAGUAUCUUCCCUUAUGUGUGCUUCAUCUAUUGCUAUUAUCUUGACAUCAUAUUCAUACAAUUGUUAGAUUUAGCCUCAUACCUUAAACACUGUAUGCAUUGUAAUGUGCCAUGAAUGCUUUGAAUGAAUGCCAGAACAUAUCUAUCUAUCCCACACAGUUAUAGAAGAUAAUAUCAGACAACAGCAAUCUGUAGCUAAUCUCUCAACUUGUCCAAAACCUCGUGUCGGUGUAAACACCUCUCAAAUCUAUGCUCAGCUCUUGUUCAACACUAUCUGACCUUAAACUUAAUGCAGUGAGAACAUCCCAGACGUAUGUAACUCAUAAAAGCUACUGUAAAGUCUGUAGGUUUGGUGGCUGGUCUUCACCUCAUACCUCAGCUUUUGUAUUUGUCUUAACCCUUCCCGCCAUGUUUGCUCAUCAUAGUCAUUGAUAUUAAUGAUAGUGGUAGUAGAAGUGGUAGUGGUGUAAGUGAUAGGUUGAUUCUAAUGUUGAAACACAUUGCUUUGUGUCAUAUAUUUAUUAGUUAUUCUCUAGAUUCUGUAUAGAUGACUAUGCAUAUGGUUAAAUGUACAACUAAAAGACGUUUUGUUUGUUUUAAAGUCACGGUUUUGAUUUGAUGUUAACACCUGAAGUCUAAAACAAGUUAACUUAAAUAGUUCAAGUUAAUAUAAAAGGGAACAAUUUGAACUGGUCAGGAAAGGCUGACGCUAAAGGACCUCUAUUUAAUUCAGCAGGAAAGUUUCAUUGCUAUUGAUCAAUCAGGGAAAGCUCAGUUCUUCAAAGUAUCCUUGUGUUAUUGUGUCAAUGCUAAGUAGCAUGACAUUACCGUCAGUACUGUCCAGUAGCAUUACGUUGAAUCAGUGCUCGUAACUUAUGAUCCCAAUAAAAUGCCAUCAAAUG